AUCCUAUAAACGAGAAGCCGAUAAUCAAUGAUGAGGAUGAUAAGAGGGAUUUCGAUGACUCACAACGUUGGAACUUCCAAUCUCGCUGGUUUUUCCACUUUGGUGUGCAAUCCCAGGACAGUUUCACCUUCAUUUCUUCCCAGAAGUACGUUUCCCCACACUCGCCAUUUCCACGGAUUUCAUUUCGCCAGGCCCAGGAAAACAAUUUUUCACGACAGAAGAUGGAGUUUAUCUGCGUAUGCCAGCUCUAGCUCUCUGGAGCUCCCACUACUUCCCUUCGAUGUCAAUGACGUCCUUGUUCCGUCGGAGAGUAAAACACUACAUCUAUAUGAAGCCAGGUAUCUAGCUCUACUGGAGGAGUCUUUAUUUAGGAAGAACAAACUUUUUGUGCAUUUUGUAUUGGAUCCUAUCGCUGUUAGUGACACAUCAGGAGAAUUGUCAUUUGCAGCCAGACAUGGCUGUUUGGUUUUAAUUGAGAAUGUCGAGAGAUUAGACGUGGGGGCAUUAGUCACCAUAAGAGGAAUUGGACGUGUCAAAAUUAUUGAGUUUCUGCAAGCUGAUCCUUAUUUGCGAGGUACAAUUUUACCUGUGAGGGACAAUAUUGUUGAAGAUGCAACCGGAUCAAGUACAAAGGUGAUGGAGCUCAAAGAUGCUCUUCAUAAUUUGAAUAGUUUAGAGAUCAAGCUGAAGGCUCCCAAGGAGGCAUUACUGCAGACUCAUAUUCUGAACUCACUCACUUGGGCUGAAAAGGGUAUAUUUGUGGAUAUGGAUGAAAAGUUUGUACCGUCCCUGGCCGAAAGAGUAUCCUUCACAGCAUUCCAACCCAUUUCAGGAUCAACUAAAUCUGAAUUACAAAGUUUGCAGCUAAAAAAACUCAUGGCAGUGGAUAUCAAGAAUACCAUUGAAAGGUUAAAUGAAUCUCUGGAAUUAACUAAAGCAAAUAUUUCCACAAUGGCAGCCAAACUUGCUAUACAAUCAGUUGAAAUUCGGUAGUGUGUGAAAAGGGAAACUAUGGAGUAGGCAUUCUGAUUGGUAUUAUGUGGGCCAAACAUGUAGUUAUUAAAUGUGUAAUGCUAUUUUUAACCAAACAAGUGAUAGUAGAGUAUAUAAAUAUUGGUAUAUACGAGUAAUUUUCAAUUUACCCGGAAAGCCAUGUAUAAAUAUCAUUAAAUAUUUCUAAUUUGACAGGGACCAAAUUAGAAACGUAAAAUACUAAUAAGUGACUAGUGAUUCAGCUAUCUGAGGGUUAUGGUCCUCAUUUCUUUAUAGAAGGCAUUUAAUUCACUGGA